CGUUAGACCUCAGUGAUCAGAUAAGUGGAGUAUGGAUAUAACAUUCACUUACUAGUUCAACAAGAUCGGAUUAUAAAGCGGAUCGAAUCGUGAUGUUUCGACAAAGUAAAGCGCUGAUUUCUAAACUUAGAUCUGUAAGGUUACAGGGCCGAUAUGUUUGGAGGCCCAAGAGCAGCUCGGCUGCUGAUCGAGCCCUGCAGUAUGUGGUCGGCCAGAAGAUCAACGGCUUUACCAUCCAAGAGGUAACACCGGUGCCCGACCUGUUCCUGACGGCUGUUAAACUCGAGCACGAUGUCACAGGAGCUCAGUACCUGCAUGCUGCACGAGAUGAUUCCAAUAACCUUUUCAGUGUACAGUUCCGUACCACUCCUAUGGACAGCACGGGGGUCCCUCACAUCCUGGAACACACGGUUCUGUGUGGUUCCCAGCGCUUCCCCUGCAGAGAUCCGUUCUUCAAAAUGCUGAAUCGUUCACUCUCUACAUUCAUGAAUGCGUUUACAGCCAGUGACUACACGAUGUACCCGUUCUCCACUCAGAAUGCCAAAGAUUUCCAGAAUCUUCUGGCCGUUUACCUUGAUGCCGUCUUCUUCCCCUGUCUUCGAGAGUCGGAUUUCUGGCAGGAAGGCUGGCGUUUAGAGAAUGAGAAUCCUACAGACCCAUCAGCUCCACUGGUGUUUAAAGGCGUGGUCUUUAAUGAGAUGAAGGGAGCUUUUUCCAACAACGAGCAAGUCUAUGGACAGCACUUGCAGAACAAGCUGUUACCUGAUCACACAUACUCGGUGGUGUCAGGAGGAGAACCGCUGGCCAUUCCUGACCUCACUUGGGAGCAGCUCAAACACUUUCACGCCACACACUACCACCCCAGCAAUGCGAGGUUCUUUACGUAUGGUGACUUGCCAUUGGAACAGCAUCUAAAGCAGAUACAGGAGGAGGCGCUGUGCAAGUUUCAGAGAAUUGAACCCAACACCGCAGUACCAGGGCAGACACACUGGACCAAACCGAGGGAAGAUCAUGUGACCUGUAGUGUUGAUGCACUGGCUCCAGAUCUAACUAAACAGAACACGCUGUGUGUGAGCUACCUACUGGGAGAUAUCACUGACAUAUUUGAGGCGUUUACUCUGAAUUUACUCUCCUCCCUGAUGAUCUCUGGUCCAAACUCUCCAUUUUACAAAGCUCUGAUCGAACCCAAGAUUGGCAGCGACUUCUCUUCUGUGGUGGGGUAUGAUGGCAGUACCAGAGAAGCCUCCUUUAGUAUCGGCCUGCAAGGCAUAGCGGAGAAGGACACGGAGACUGUCAAGCAAAUCAUUAGCCAAACCAUUGAUGACAUCAUUGAGAAUGGCUUUGAAGAGGAGCAGAUCGAGGCUCUGCUGCACAAGAUUGAGAUUCAGAUGAAACACCAGUCUACCAGCUUCGGCUUGGCCCUCGCUUCAUAUAUUGCAUCCUGCUGGAAUCACGAUGGAGACCCAGUCCAGUUAAUGAAGAUCAGUGAGAACGUCUCCAGGUUCAGACAGUGCCUGCAGGAGAAUCCUCGCUACCUACAGGACAAAGUCCAGCACUACUUCAAGGAGAACAUGCACAGACUGACUUUGUCUAUGAGCCCAGACGAGCAGUACCAGGAGAAACAGAUGACGGCUGAGCAAAUGAAGCUCCAGCAAAAAAUACAGAAACUGACUGAAGCCGACCGCAAAGACAUCUACGAGAAAGGUUUACAGCUGCUCUCCGCACAGAGUGAAACUCAGGACGCUUCCUGCUUACCUGCUCUGAAGGUUUCUGACAUUCAACCCACCAUAGCACCAACUCCUGUACAGAUGGACACUGCAGGAGGAGUACCUAUUCAGUACUGCGAGCAACCCACUAACGGCAUGGUGUAUUUCCGAGCUAUGUGUAACAUGAACUCUCUCCCGGAGGACCUGAAGCUCUACGUCCCGCUCUUCUGCAGCGUCAUCACCAAGUUGGGCUGUGGGACAAUGGAUUAUAGGCAGCAGGCCCAGCAGAUUGAUCUGAAGACUGGCGGCAUGUCUGUGACCCCACAGGUCAUAACGGACCCUCAUGACCUCAACUUGUACGAACAGGGCGUUGUCCUCGGUGCUUCCUGUCUGGAGAGGAACUUACCAGAUAUGUUUCAUCUAUGGAGCGACAUAUUCAACUCUCCUCAUUUCGAUGAUGAAGAGAGGCUAAGAGUGCUGGUAAUGAUGGCAGCACAGGAGCUGUCCAAUGGGAUCUCGUAUUCGGGUCACGCGUAUGCAAAGGCGCGGGCCGCCCGGUCUCUUACGCCCACUGCUGACUUGCAGGAGACCUUUAGCGGUAUGGACCAGGUGAAAUUCAUGAAGAGAAUAGCUGAGCUGCCCGAUUUGACGUCGGUUUUAAGGAAACUGCCCAGAAUAAAGAGGCAUCUUCUGAACCCGGAGAAUAUGAGGUGUGCAGUGAACGCUACUCCUCAGAAGAUGGCAGAUGCUGCAGUAGAGCUGGAGAGGUUUAUGGGUAAUAUAUCCGCUACCAGGAAAAAUCGAAAGUCUGUCAAAGUUAUUAUCGAGAAGCCGUUGGAUCAUCAUGCCCAGGCUGCUAGCCGGAAACUCGUCUCUGAGGCUAAUUUCAAGCCCUGUCAGAUGAGAACUUAUUUUGAAUUUCCGUUUCCUGUGAAUUUCGUUAGUGAGUGUGUGCGCACCGUGCCCUUCACACACAAGGACUAUGCCAGUCUUAGUAUUUUAGGAAGGAUAAUGAGUGCCAAGUUUUUACAUGGAGAGAUCAGGGAGAAAGGUGGAGCUUACGGUGGAGGAGCACGAAUGAGUGGAAGCGGCUUGUUUACCUUUUAUUCAUACAGAGACCCAAACUGCUCUCAGACGUUGGAGGCGUUCCACAACGGUGUGGAGUGGGCUAGAGAUGGCAAGUUCGCACAGCAGGAUGUCGAUGAGGCCAAACUUUCGGUCUUCUCCGAUGUAGAUGCUCCAGUUGCCCCUUCAGACAAAGGUUUAGGGAUUUUUUUGAACGGGAUAAGUGACGAGAUGAAACAGGCUCACAGAGAGCGACUUUUUGCCGUUACGCACAAAAACCUCACCGAUGCGGCAAGCCGGUAUCUUGGAAUCGGCCAGAUGACGCAUGGAGUGGCUGUUUUAGGUCCUAAAAAUGAGAGCAUCCAAAAGGACCCAUCCUGGGUUGUCAAGUAGAAACAACUUCUUUUAAAAUACGUACCUGUCGAAUCACAUGUUAACUGCUAAAAUAUUUGUGUCAAAUUGUUUUAAUAAAAUCUGCCUUUAUUAUUUUUAGUUUUACAGUGGAUGAAAUAAAAGUGUUUGCCUUAAAA